GGAACUCAUCAAUCCUUUGUAUUUAUUCGGAGUCACAUAUACAUACAUACAUAUAUAUUUUUAGGGAGAUAUCUUGACCGUAGCAAAAAUGCCAGGAAAAUACCAAAAGCUCGCUGGGAAACACGUCAUCGUCAUUGGUGGUUCAUCCGGAAUCGGAUAUAGUGUCGCAGAAGCCUCACUUGAAAGUGGUGCUUCGGUUACAAUCUCCUCCUCGUCAGCCGAUCGCGUCGCCAAAGCAGUCCAGAAACUACAGAAUAGCUAUCCAGACGGUGAAAUCGCGGGAUAUGUAUGCGAUCUUUCCAAAUUUACCCUCGAAUCCGACGUUGAGAAAUUGUUUGAACGGACGGGAAAAGUAGAUCAUAUAGUUUUCACGGCUGGGGACCCAAUUUCUAUCGUUGCGUUGAAAGAUACAUCGUUAGAGGAUAUGCAUAAGAUGGGACAGGUGCGAUUUUUUGGACAGUUGAUGGUAGCGAAAGUUGGCAGUAGAUAUUUGAGUGAGGGCCCCAAGGCUUCUAUUACGUUGACGACGGGGUCGACGGCGGAUAAACCCGCUGCGGGAUGGAGUGUGAUUUCAAGUUAUGCAGCGGGGUUGCAUGGCAUGGCGAGGGCGUUGGCGGUGGAAUUGGCGCCUGUGAGGGUUAAUGUUGUGAGCCCGGGUCCGGUGAAGACGGAAUUGUGGGAUGGGUUUGGAGAGGAGCUGAAAACGGCGAUUUUUGAGGAGAUGGAAAAGAAGCUUUUGACGAAGCAUGUUGCGUUGCCGGAGGAGAUUGCAGAAUCGUAUUUGUGGUUGAUGAAGGAUAGUAGUGUUACGGGGACGGUUGUGAGAUCGGAUUCUGGUUCGCUGCUUGUGUAGAUGUAAAAAAUUGGGUUUGAGGCAUAAGGCUUGAGGAAUAUGUUAUCGAGAGUGAAUGAAUACUAUUUGAUCCCAGAUUCAUUUUCGAUAAACCAAUAAUGUAUCUCCGUCAGAAAACAUUAGAUGGUACAGUAAAAUUAAUAGGAUU